UACAUAUUAAACAGCUAGAUUCAAUCAAAAGAGAUAAGUUUAAACUAAUUCCAAUCUACUUCCAUAUAGUCAAGUUCCUAAUUAUAGAAUUAUAAUAGUUACUUCAUUAAAUACUGCUGAUCUAACUGUAUAAUUAUUGAUAAUUUAACUAUCCUCAAGUUAAUUAUUUUGAAAGUAUUAUGACUAACUUUCUACUUAAGGUUUUAGGUCAUUUUAAGGUAUUUUAGGCACCAUUGUCCCCCAUUUCCAAACACUAUCAUCUAAAGGAUGUGGUUUCGAUGGUUUGUUAGUAAAAACAAUGGGAGACUAACUCAUUAAUUAAUUUUAAUAAUUAUUGUGGAUAAUUAUAUUUUGAGUUAAUUAAUGUUCUCAUUCUUUAGUUGUUCUAAAGAUAAAUAUAAUGAAACAAG